AUGACGGUGAAGAACAAAGAUCCAGUCCACUUGGAUUCACUCAGCAUCCGUGGUAAUAAUAUCAGAUAUUACAUCUUACCUGAUUCACUCCCACUGGAUACCUUGUUGAUUGAUGAUACACCAAAAGCCAAGGCUAAAAAGAAAGAACGUAAGUGGGGAAGGAACGUGAUGCAAGAUGUUUCGUAUGAUAGCAAACAAGAUAGGAUUAUGAGUACGGUUGGGUGGCGGUUAUUGGGAGUGGGCGAUACUAUGGAGGCAUAUAUAGGCAUCGGACAGACUGAUCCACCUUGGGUGGUUCGUGUUGAGGGCUUGAAUUUGAUCCAUGACCCAUCAUCUUAA